UUCACCAUGAGCGCGGUGCAGAAGGUGUAAGUAAGGCGUGCUUCUGCGGCGGCUGGUAUGAAAGUAUUGCGGGAGACGACACAAAGCUUGGGGAACAGUACCGUAAGGAAAGUGUUGUAGUAAUUGUUCCGUCCGCGAGCGCGCCGCCUCACUCUGAGGCAGCCUGAGGCGAGCACGAGGACGCGCUUCCUCCCGCGGAAACAUCCCCCAAGAGCAAGACCCGCAACUUAACGCAAGAUCAUGUCUAUGGAGCAAAUGUUUGUUUUCAGCGCCGAGCCGGAGGACGGGUCGCUCCCCGCGCACCCGGCGGAGCCCUUCGUGUGGUACCCCGGCAUCGCCAUCGCCACCGUGUACGGACUGGUCAUCCUCGUGGGGCUCGUGGGCAACAUCACGCUCAUCAGGACGUUCUGCACGGUGAAGUCCCUGCGCAACGUGCCCAACCUGUUCAUGUCGAGCCUGGCGCUAGGGGACCUCUUGCUGCUCGUGACCUGCGCGCCCGUGGACGCCAGCAGGUACCUGGCGGACGAGUGGCUCUUCGGCAGGAUGGGCUGCAAACUCAUACCCUUCAUCCAGUUCACCUCCGUCGGGGUGUCUGUGUUCACGCUGACGGCGCUAGCGGCAGACCGAUACAAAGCAAUUGUGAAACCAAUGGAUAUAGAAACAUCCAACGCCACAGUAAAGAUCUGCAUCAGGGCUGGAAUUAUCUGGGCAUUUUCCAUGACACUGGCCAUCCCUGAAGCCAUUUUCUCUGAUCUCCACACUUUCCACAUUGCCAAAACCAAUGAGACAUUUGUCACCUGUGCCCCCUACCCUCACAACGGGGAUCUGCACCCCAAGAUCCACUCCAUGGUCUCCUUCCUUGUGUUGUACAUUGUACCGCUACUCAUCAUCACUGUCUAUUAUGUCUUCAUUGCCAAGAGUUUGAUGAGCAGCGCAUCCAACAUGCCUGUGGAAGGAAAUGUCCAGGUCAGAAAGCAGAUAGAGUCAAGGAAGAGGCUAGCAAAGACAGUGCUAGUCUUUGUGGGCCUCUUUGCAAUCUGCUGGCUCCCAAACCAUGCUAUCUACCUGUACCGCUCCUACCACUACGCCCAGGUGGACACAUCUCUGCUGCACUUUGUCUCUAGCGUUUGUGCGCGCCUCCUGGCCUUCGCCAACUCUUGCGUCAACCCCUUUGCCCUCUACCUGUUGAGCCGUGGCUUCCGGAAGCAGUUUGACAGACAGCUGUGCUGUGGCCGGGUACCCAGGUGGGCAACACGUGCCCAAAGUGGAGGGUGCAACAACACACACGUGACCUCGCUCAAGGGGGGCAGUCACUCGCUGCCCAGCUGCAACCUCACCAAUGUCAAACCAGUGGGACAAGAGACCUCUGCGUUUGGGACACAGGGGACAGAGAAGGGCAGUGUCUAG